GUGUAUUUCGAGGGCGGGAAGGUGGGUGCGUGCAUCGUCACAUGCGGUAGCCUUUGCCCUGGCAUCAACACUGUCAUCAGGGAAUUGGUGUGCGGCCUUCACCACAUGUAUGCGGUCGCCAAAGUCAUCGGCAUCCAGGGAGGGUAUAAGGGUUUCCAGUGCCCCGGCACCGCCAUCACUCUGACUCCCCAGAAAGUGAAUGACAUUCAUAAGUGUGGCGGAUCCAUCCUUGGGACAGGGCAUGAGGCAGCCGACAACAAGGCCAUAGUUGAGUGCAUUCAGCAGCAGGGAAUCAACCAGUUGUAUGUAAUUGGAGGACCUGGUGCAAUGAGAGACGCCGCUUCUAUUUAUGAGGAGAUUGAAAAGCGAGGCCUUAACGUUUCAGUUGUUGGGAUUCCGGGCACCAUUGAUAAUGACAUUGGGGUAAUUGAUAAGUCGUUUGGUUUCGACUCUGCAAUCCAAGAGGCUCAGAAGGCCAUUAGAGCAGCACAUGUUGAGGCCGAAAGUGGGGAGAACGGUGUGGGCCUUGUGAAGCUGAUGGGCCGCAACAGUGGAUUCAUUGCCAUGUAUGCUACUCUGGCCAGCAGAGACGUGGACUGCUGCUUAAUUCCCGAGUCUCCCUUCUACCUGGAAGGGAAGGGCGGUCUGUUUGAGUUUAUGGAGCAGAGACUGAGGCAGGACGGCCACAUGGUCAUGGUGGUUGCUGAAGGUGCUGGGCAGGGACUUGUGCCUGCAAGCUUCUCUGAUGUUGGUAGCUGGUUGAAUGACAAGAUCAAGGAACAUUUUGCAAAGAAAAAGAUUGUGCUAAACCUCAAAUACAUAGAUCCAACUUAUAUGAUUGGUGCCAUUCCGAGCAAUGCCGCAGACAAUGUGUACUGUACGCUCUUAGCUCACAGUGCCAUCCAUGGAGCCAUGGCCGGAUACACAGGCUUUGCAGUUGGGCCUGUUAAUGGAAAGCAUGCGCAUAUACCCAUCCAUACUCUGACUGAGAAGCAACGUCAAGUUUGCCUGGCAGACCGGAUGUGGGCAAGACUACUUUCCUCCACAAAUCAGCCAAGCUUCCGUGUGUGAACUAAAGAAUUUCGAACGACAAUGGAGCCAUAACUUAAUCUUUCCUAAAUUGUCCAUUUUGUAGUACCAAAAAGGUAGUCACAAGAAAUAAUCAAUUUCAGAGUGCAUGGGAAAGAGUUUCUCAAAGGACUGAAGAAUAUCAUAGUGGUAGCAA